AGUAUGCACAAGUACCUGGACAUAACAUUUGUGGCAGCUUAGCUGACAGCUUAAUCAGAGUUGGAGAAAAUAUAGAACUCAACAUGGAUUUUCUCAAAAAAGUUGUGCCUUCCGUCAUGUCAGGAGAUGUAGUUCUGGAUGUUGGGAAUACUAUCCGUGAAAGUUCUCCAAAACUACUGAAAAUGAAGCGUGUGAGCCUGUUUUCAUUAGGACAGACUAUAGAUGAAGACAGUAUUGGUCGCCUGAACACUAAUUACACAUCAGCGCCAUCCAGUACCAUUGCUAAACGCAGAAUUUCUCCCAGUGUCAAUUCUCUCUGGGAAAAGAGAAGCAUCAUCAUGUCUAAUAUUACCAUUGAUCCAGAUGUCAAACCUGGUGAAUAUGUCAUCAAGAGCCUCUUUGCUGAGUUUGCUAUUCAAGCUGAAAAGAAAAUUGAAGUUGUAAUGGCUGAACCUUUGGAAAAACUCUUGUCCAGAUCUCUUCAGAGAGGUGAAGAUCUUCAAUUUGACCAGUUGAUAAGCUCCAUGAGCUCAGUAGCAGAGCACUGUCUCCCCUCCUUACUACGCACCUUGUUUGAUUGGUACAAGCGCCAAAAUGGAACUGAAGAUGAGUCUUACGAGUACAGGCCACGAUCCAGCACAAAAUCCAAGGGGGAUGAGCAGCAGCGUGAGAGAGAUUAUCUACUUGAAAGGAGGGACUUAGCUGUAGAUUUUAUUUUUUGCUUAGUUUUAGUAGAAGUUCUAAAACAGAUACCUGUUCAUCCGGUGCCAGAUCCUUUAGUUCAUGAAGUUCUAAAUUUGGCUUUUAAGCACUUUAAACACAAGGAAGGGUAUUCAGGAACCAAUACUGGGAAUGUGCAUGUUAUUGCAGAUUUAUAUGCAGAAGUGAUAGGGGUUCUUGCACAAUCAAAGUUUCAAGCUGUUAGAAAGAAGUUUGUAACAGAAUUAAAGGAACUGAGACAAAAGGAGCAGAGUCCUCACGUGGUACAAAGUAUCAUCAGCUUAAUUAUGGGGAUGAAGUUCUUCAGAGUAAAAAUGUAUCCUGUGGAGGAUUUUGAAGCAUCAUUUCAGUUCAUGCAGGAAUGUGCACAAUAUUUCUUAGAAGUAAAAGAUAAAGACAUCAAGCACUCACUUGCUGGGUUGUUUGUCGAAAUUCUCAUCCCUGUUGCUGCUGCUGUUAAAAAUGAGGUUAACGUGCCGUGUUUGAAAAACUUUGUGGAGAUGCUUUACCAGACUACCUUUGAGCUGAGCUCAAGAAAGAAGCACUCAUUGGCUUUGUAUCCAUUGAUUACUUGCUUGCUCUGCGUGAGUCAGAAGCAGUUUUUUUUAAAUAACUGGCAUAUCUUCCUGCAGAACUGUCUGUCUCAUUUAAAGAUGCCAUCUAACAACAGUAUCAGAAAACAAAUAGAAACUCUUCAGAAUAAAGAUCCCAAAAUGUCUCGAGUUGCACUGGAAUCACUAUACAGAUUAUUAUGGGUUUAUGUUAUUAGAAUAAAAUGUGAAAGCAACACUGUAACACAAAGCCGCCUCAUGAGCAUUGUAUCAGCACUUUUUCCAAAAGGCUCUCGCAGUGUCGUCCCUCGCGAUACGCCUCUGAACAUAUUUGUAAAGAUUAUUCAGUUCAUUGCUCAGGAACGCUUGGAUUUUGCAAUGAAAGAAAUAAUUUUUGACCUUCUGAGUGUUGGGAAAUCACCUAAGACCUUCACUAUUAACCCAGAGAGAAUGAAUAUAGGUCUCAGAGUGUUCCUUGUGAUAGCAGACAGUUUACAACAGAAGGAUGGCGAACCACCUAUGCCAACGACCGGAGUUGUACUUCCCUCAGGAAACACUCUUCGUGUAAAGAAAAUUUUUCUCAAUAAAACUCUGACAGAUGAAGAAGCAAAAGUUAUAGGAAUGUCAAUAUACUACCCCCAAGUAAGAAAAGCACUAGACAGCAUCCUUAGGCAUCUAGAUAAAGAAGUUGGCAGGCCGAUGUGCAUGACGAGUAUACAGAUGUCUAAUAAAGAACCUGAAGACAUGAUCACGGGUGAGAGAAAACCGAAAAUUGAUUUAUUUAGAACGUGUAUCGCUGCUAUCCCAAGGCUGAUUCCUGAUGGCAUGAGCAGAACUGAUCUCAUUGAACUGCUUGCAAGGCUGACAAUUCACAUGGACGAAGAACUGCGUGCCCUGGCUUUCAAUACUUUACAAGCAUUAAUGCUUGAUUUUCCAGAUUGGCGGGAAGACGUUUUAUCUGGAUUUGUUUAUUUUAUCGUCCGUGAAGUGACUGAUGUUCACCCAACACUUCUUGACAAUGCAGUAAAGAUGCUAGUGCAGCUAAUCAAUCAGUGGAAACAAGCUGUUCAAAUGCAAAAUAAGAACCAGGAAGCUCAGCGUGGUGUCAGCAAUGGAAAUGCUCCUACUCUUCCCCUUGAAAGAACCCCUUAUUCAAGUGUAUUUCACGUUGUAGAAGGCUUUGCAUUGGUCAUUCUUUGUAGCACAAGACCUGCCACUAGAAGAUUAGCUGUCAGCUGUCUUAGAGAAAUAAGGGCCUUGUUCACAGUGCUAGAUAUCUCGAAGGGUGAUGAUGAGUUGGCUAUAGAUGUAAUGGACAGGCUGAGUUCAUCUGUUCUUGAAAGUUUCAUACAUCUCACUGGUGCUGAUCAGACGAUGUUACUGUACUGUCCUAGUUCAAUAGACUUACAGACGUUAGUUGACUGGAGCUCCUCUCCUAUCAGCCAUCAAUUUGAUGUUGUCAGUCCAUCACAUAUAUGGAUAUUUGCACAUGUAACUCAGGGCCAAGACCCCUGGAUUAUUAGCCUCUCCAGUUUUAUGAAGCAGGAAUAUCUGCCAAAGCACUGCCCUACAGCUGUGAGCUAUGCUUGGAUGUUUGCUUAUAUCAGACUCCAGCUAUUGUCUCCACAAGUUGACAUAAACAGCCCUAUCAAUGCCAAGAAAGUAAAUACGGCUAUAAGCAGUGAUUCCUAUAUCGGGCUCUGGAGAAACUACCUGAUUCUUUGCUGCAGUGCAGCAACAUCCACGUCCUCUUCUGCAUCUGCAGGUUCUGUAAGAUGUUCCCCUCCCGAGACGCUGGCGUCCACGCCAGAUAGUGGCUACAGCAUUGAUUCAAAAAUAAUUGGCAUUCCGUCCCCUUCAUCCUUGUUUAAGCACAUUGUUCCAAUGAUGCGCUCUGAGAGCAUGGAAAUUACAGAAUCCCUUGUCCUGGGCCUUGGCAGGACCAGCCCAGGUGCUUUCAGGGAAUUAAUAGAAGAGUUGCAUCCUAUAAUUAAAGAAGCACUUGAAAGAAGGCCAGAGAAUAUGAAACGACGCAGGCGUCGAGAUAUUUUACGUGUACAGCUAGUACGAAUAUUUGAACUGUUGGCUGAUGCUGGUGUCAUUAGUCACAGUGCAAGUGGUGGCCUUGAUAAUGAAACACAUUCCCUUAACAACACUUUGUUGGAGUAUGUGGAUCUAACCAGGCAACUCCUAGAAGCAGAAAACGAAAAGGACUCUGACACACUGAAAGAUAUCCGAUGCCAUUUUAGUGCCUUAGUGGCGAAUAUCAUUCAGAAUGUUCCAGUGCACCAGAGAAGAAGUGUCUUCCCACAGCAGAGCCUCCGUCACAGUCUCUUCAUGUUGUUCAGUCACUGGGCGGGACCGUUCAGCAUCAUGUUUACUCCCCUUGAUAGAUACAGUGAUAGGAACAUGCAAAUAAACAGACACCAGUACUGUGCAUUAAAGGCUAUGUCUGCUGUACUAUGUUGUGGUCCUGUUGCAGAUAAUGUAGGUCUCUCAUCAGACGGCUAUUUGUACAAGUGGUUGGACAAUAUUUUGGAUUCACAGGAUAAAAAGGUUCACCAGCUAGGCUGUGAGGCAGUCAUGCUACUGUUGGAGCUCAACCCUGACCAGAGUAACCUCAUGUAUUGGGCUGUUGAUCGUUGUUAUACAGGCUCGAAGCGGGUAGCCGCCGGAUGUUUUAAAGCCAUAGCCAGUGUGUUCCAAAACAGGGAUUACCAGUGUGAUACAGUUACUCUCCUCAAUCUUAUAUUAUUUAAAGCAGCAGAUUCUUCUAGGGCUAUCUAUGAAGUUGCUAUGCAACUCUUACAGAUUCUAGAACCGAAGAUGUUUCGCUAUGCUCAUAAACUAGAAGUUCAGAGAACUGAUGGGAUAUUGAGCCAGCCUUCACCUUUGCCACAUCUGUAUUCUGUUUCCUAUUACCAACUCUCUGAGGAAUUAGCAAGGACAUACCCAGAAUUAACGCUUGCAAUAUUUUCAGAAGUCAGCCAGAGAAUUCAGACAGCACACCCUUCUGGAAGGCAGGUGAUGCUACACUAUUUGCUGCCAUGGAUGAAUAAUAUUGAAUUGGUAGAUUUGAAACCUUUACCCACAAUUCGUCGGCAAGAUGAAGAUGAAGAGGAUCCCUUGAAAGACAGAGAGCUGAUGGUGAACAGCAGGCGCUGGCUAAGAGGAGAAGGUUGGGGAUCACCACAGGCCACUGCUUUGGUUUUAAACAACCUGAUGUAUAUGACGGCAAAGUACGGUGAUGAAGUGGCCUGGUCGGAGAUCGAGAAUGUUUGGAUUACUUUAGCAGAUAGUUGGCCAAAGAAUCUGAAAAUAAUUCUGCACUUUUUGAUCAGCAUUUGUGGAGUGAAUAGUGAACCCAGCCUCUUGCCUUAUGUGAAAAAGGUGAUUGUUUACUUAGGUAGAGAUAAAACCAUGCAGCUUUUGGAAGAGCUGGUGAGUGAGCUGCAGCUAACUGAUCCAGUCAGUUCUGGAGUCUCUCAUAUGGAUAACCCACCAUAUUACCGUAUAACUUCCAGUUACAAAAUUCCUUCUGUCACCUCAGGUACUACUUCCAGUAGCAAUACAAUGGUGGCACCCACAGAUGGCAAUCCUGACAAUAAGCAUAUGAAAGAUAGUAUUGAAGAGAGCUAUGUACAUCUAGAUAUUUACAGCGGGUUGAACAGUAAUCUGAACCGCCAACACCACAGAUUAGAAUCUCGCUAUAGCAGCAGUUCUGGAGGAUCAUAUGAAGAAGAGAAAAGUGAUUCAAUGCCACUGUAUUCGAACUGGCGACUGAAAGUGAUGGAGCACAACGAAGGAGAGUCUUUACCUUUUCCACCUUCAGGGGGCUGUUGGUCACCGUUGGUGGAUUAUUUGCCUGAAACAUCCUCACCGGGCAUGUCUCUUCAUAGAUGUAAUAUAGCAGUGAUCCUGCUGACCGAUUUGAUCAUUGAUCACAGUGUGAAAGUUGACUGGGGAAGCUACCUGCACCUCUUGCUUCAUGCAGUUUUUAUAGGAUUUGACCAUCACCAUCCUGAAGUGUAUGAGCAUUGCAAACGCCUACUAUUGCAUUUAUUGAUAGUGAUGGGCUCUCAUAGUAAUGUCCAGUCUGUGGCUUCUGUCCUUCUCAGGAAUAGGGAGUUUAAUGAACCCCGGGUGCUUACGGUCAAACAAGCAGCACAUUUGGAUUACAUCUUCACAGCAGGUGUUAAUGACUUUAUACCGGAUCACCAGCCCUCCCCAAUGACAGACUCAGGGCUCAGUUCAAGUUCUACCUCUUCUAGCAUCAGCUUAGGAAAUACCAGUGCUGCCAUUUCUCAUAUGCAUAGCACCAUCCUCAGUGAAGUUGACAUUUCAGGAGAGCAAGAUGAAAAAAUGAAAUCACUUAUGGAAUUCAUUACUUCAAGGAAACGUGGACCGCUUUGGAACCAUGAAGACGUUUCAGCAAAGAAUCCAAGCAUAAAGAGUGCCGAGCAGCUAACUGUGUUUCUGAAGCAUGUUGUUUCUGUAUUUAAACAAUCCAGUUCAGUUGGAUUUCAGCUGGAGCACCAUCUUAGUGAAGUUGCUCUGCAAACUGCACUUUCUUGCUCUUCUCGACAUUACGCUGGGAGAUCCUUCCAGAUAUUCAGAGCACUGAAGCAACCUCUUUCUGCAGCCACCCUUUCUGACAUUCUCUCUAGGCUUGUAGAAACAGUUGGAGAUGCAGGAGAAGAAGCUCAGGGUUUUGUCAUAGAGCUACUUCUUACUUUGGAGUCAGCCAUUGAUACACUGGCAGACACCAUGAAGCGUUAUGAUCUUCUCACUGCACUUUCCCAUACUUCAUACUACGAUCCGUUGAUGGGAAGCAAAUAUGCAGCUAACAGGAAAAGCACUGGACAGCUCAAUCUAAGCACAAGUCCCAUUAGCAGUGGAAAUUUUUUAGGAUACUAUAGUAACACAAGAAGUAGUUCUUUGAAACUGGGUUUAAUUGGUGAUCGGAAGAAUGACCGUCGGAGAAGCAAUACACUGGAUAUAAUGGAUGGACGGAUCAACCAUUCCAGCAGCUUAGCAAGGACUAGAAGCCUUUCCUCCCUGAGAGAGGGAGGAAUGCAAGAUGUGCAGCCUACUACUGAUCCUAUGAACCUGAUGGCCACCAUCUUUUGGAUUGCAGCAUCCUUGCUGGAAUCUGAUUAUGAAUAUGAAUACCUCCUGGCUCUCAGGCUGCUCAACAGACUUCUUGUUCACCUGCCUCUGGAUAAAUCCGAAAGUAGGGAAAAGAUUGAAAAGAUGCAGAGUAAAUUAAAAUGGAAUAACUUCCCAGGCCUUCAGCAGUUAUUCCUGAAGGGUUUUACCUCAGUUUCUACACAGGAAAUGACAGUUCACUUACUCAGCAAACUCAUCACGGUCUCCAAACAUACACUGGUGGAUCCUUCCCAACUAACGGGUUUUCCUCUUAACAUCUUAUGUUUAUUGCCUCAUCUAAUACAACAUUUUGAUAACCCAACUCAGUUCUGCAAGGAAACAGCUGACAGGAUAGCAAAGGUUUGUGCAGAAGAGAAGUCGCCAACCCUUGCUAAUCUGGCUCAUAUGAUGAGUUUAUAUAGUACACACAGCUAUUCCAGAGACUGUUCUAACUGGAUUAAUGUGGUGUGUAGAUAUCUGCAUGACUCCUUCGCAGAAACAACUUUUAAUCUGGUAACAUACCUGGCAGAGCUGUUAGAGAAAGGGCUGUCCAGCAUGCAGCAAUCUUUACUGCAGAUCAUUUACAGCCUUUUGAGUCACAUUGACUUAUCUGCAACACCAGUGAAGCAGUUCAAUCUGGAAAUUAUAAAAGUCAUUGGCAAAUAUGUUCAGAGUCCUUACUGGAAGGAAGCCCUUAAUAUUUUGAAACUGGUCGUCUCUCGAUCAGCAAGUCUUGUUGUACCUAAUGAUAUUCCAAAGUCCUAUGGUGGUGAUAUAAGCUCUCCUGAAAUUUCAUUCACAAAAAUUUUUAAUAACGUUUCAAAAGAACUCCCUGGGAAAACCUUAGACUUUCAUUUUGACAUAUCAGAGACACCGAUUAUUGGGAACAAGUAUGGUGAUCAGCACAGUGCAGCUGGCAGAAAUGGGAAACCAAAAGUCAUUGCUGUUACUAGGAGUACUUCCUCAACAUCCUCAGGAUCCAAUUCCAAUGCCUUGGUGCCUGUCAGUUGGAAGAGGCCACAGUUAUCUCAGCGAAGAACCAGAGAAAAGUUAAUGAAUGUUCUCUCUUUGUGUGGUCCAGAAUCGGGUCUUCCUAAGAAUCCUUCUGUGGUGUUUUCUUCUAAUGAAGACUUGGAAGUCGGAGACCAGCAAAUUGCUCUUAUUUCAGCAACCGAGGAAGUAAUUCAAGAAGAAGAAGUGGCUGUGGAAGAUAAUACGAGUGAACAACAGUUCGGAGUUUUUAAAGACUUUGACUUUUUAGAUGUUGAGUUAGAAGAUGCAGAGGGUGAAAGCAUGGACAACUUCAACUGGGGAGUCCGCAGGCGCUCCCUAGACAGUAUUGAUAAGGGAGACACGCCGUCCCUGCAAGAAUAUCAUCAGUAUUCUGGUAGCACCCCCAGUUUGAACUUAACCAAUCAAGAAGAUACUGAUGAAUCCUCAGAAGAAGAAGCCCUAACUGCAAGUCAGAUAUUAUCGCGAUCGCAGAUGCUAAACAAUGACUCAGCUGCUGAUGACACAUCCCUAGAUCAUGGAGGAUCAUUGCUACAGUCUCAGGACUCCACUAGCAGUGUGGGAACAGAAGAGGUGCUUCAGAUCAGAGCAGAGAGUCCACGUUUGGAGGUUUCCCCUCUAGAUAAUGCUAGCAAUCAGCUGCCUGAGGAUGGCAGUUCACCUAUGAAGGAUGAACAGGUUAGUUCUGCAAGUGAAGACACUGGAUUGUUUGCACUGCAAGAACAGCAGGAGUCCCUGAUUUGCCAAGAGCCCCUAGAGUUGGAAGAACUGCCUGAAAUUCCAGACCAUCCAGCUACUGAGAGCUACUCGGAAUCGAUCUGUGAAGAGGAUGUUACCCUUGCUCUGAAGGAACUAGAUGAAAGAUGUGAAGAAGAAGAAGCUGACUUUUCUGGUUUGUCUAGUCAAGAUGAAGAGCAGGAUGGCUUCCCAGAAGCACAGACAUCCCCACCACCUUCCCCUUUUCUUUCUGCCAUAUUGGCAGCUUUCCAGCCAGCAUCAUAUGAUGAUGAAGAGGAAGCUUGGCGUUGCCAUGUCAAUCAGAUGCUGUCAGACACAGAUGGAUCUUGUGCUGUUUAUACAUUUCACGUCUUCUCUAGGUUGUUUCAGACCAUUCAAAGGAAAUUUGGUGCUAUUACACAUGAAUCAGUCAGUUUUCUUGGUGAAAAUCUACAGCGAAUUGGGAAAAAAUUUAAAAGUUCUCUAGAAGUGAUGAUGAUGUGUUCAGAAUGCCCGACAGUUUUUGUGGAUGCUGAAACGUUGAUGUCUUAUGGAUUACUAGAAACAUUGAAGUUCAGCGUUCUUGAGCUCCAAGAACAUCUGGAUACUUACAAUGCCAAAAGAGAAGCAGCAGAGCAGUGGUUAAAAGACUGCAAAAGGACAUUUGGUACAGACGAUGGCAUUCACGGAGCCACCACAGAUGCACAGCAUUUGGAAAUUCUAGCAGAGUUAGAGUUGUGUCGAAGGCUAUACAAGUUGCAUUUCCAAUUGCUGCUCCUAUUCCAAGCCUACUGUAAGCUUAUCAGCCAAGUGGAUGUAGUUAAAAAAGAGGCAGAGGUCAUAAACAUGUCAGAGGAGCUUGCCCAGUUGGAAACCUGCCUGAAAGAAGCAGAGUCCAUUUUUGAUACUAGUAUAGAAGAGCUGGAGAUUGCAGAAGCAUCCCAGGCCAGCACUGAGACAGCCAUUCACUCUGUUCUUGAAACCUUGAGGAACAAGGAAUUUAUGUCUGCAAUAGCACAAGUCAAAGCUUUCAGGUGCAUUUGGCCCAGUGACAUUUUCGGCAGCUCUGAAGACGACCCAGUACAAACUCUGUUGCACAUUUAUUUCCGUCAUCAGACCCUGGGCCAGACGGGUAGCUUCGCAAUAGUGGGCUCAAAACAAGACAUGUCAGAAGCCAGCUCAAAACUUAUGGAGCUAAACUUAGAAAUCCGUGAGUCACUGCGCAUGGUGCAGUCCUAUCACCUUCUUGCAAAACACACGCCUGUGGGAAGCUUAAGCACUGGAUUUUGAACUGCUACCCCACAGGAAAGAAACUGAGUAUGGUCAAACAUCUUUUGUAUCUGUGGAAACCAUUAAACGUUGCUUGCAAGAACUAUGCUUGGGAGGACCAGAGAAGGAACUUGCCAGGGAACAAGCUAUGUAAUUCAAAGCAAGGAACUGAAAAAUUGAGUCAUGGUUCUCUUGUGUCUUAUCUGUGGGCAGUUUGACUUUUUUUUUUAACACCAGUAUCCAAAACUGCAUUGGAAGGGCUAAAAAGCAAUGCAUGCCGAUGCGUUAUUUUCUUCAGAAAUAGAAAUGCAAGACCUGUUGCAGUAAUGGCCUCAUUAUACUGGGUGGGUUUAAAAACAGGUGAAAUGAGGCUAAAAUUAAGGCUGGUUAUUUUGGCUGAAGACCUGUGCAGCGUGGCUUUGCAAACACAGGAAGAAGAAUCAUCAGGUAACGCCCAGUUUAUAUCCUUCACGAUGCCCUGAGGAAUAUGCCCUCAUACUGGAGUAGGAAAGACUGCAAAAACCCCAUUGAUUUAUCAAUGUUGUAUUUACUAUUUGCUCUUUUUUUGUCUAGUGGUGAAUUAUGAGCGAAAGUAGGAAUGAAUGGAUAUCUGACAAUUGCAUUUUGAAGGUAUGGAUGUUUGAUAAAAGUCUGAGCAUGCCUAAAAUAAAAAAAAAGCGCACUGCAAGAUUAUUUUUGGAAAAAAAAAUAUUUUAUUAGAACUAAAUCCUAGUCUGUAAAUGUUAUGGCAUUUAAAUAAUAUUUUAAACUGGAACUAUCCAGUUUUCAAAAAGAAAUAAUAUAUCUCUUAUUUGUUGGGAAUGCUGCUCAGUUCUCUGAUCAGUGCUUAACACAAAUAUUGAUAACAACUAACCAAAAAGUAGCUGCCUGCAGAGACUUAAAAAGGUAUAUUAAAGAUGUAUGUUGCCUCUCAGCAACUCAUUAGAAAAGAAUUUAACUUAUUUUAUUCUGUACAUAUUCUAGAACUUGUAAAGUGUAAAAAUCCAGUAUUUUUUCUUGUACAAGUGUGCAAUGCACUGUUACAUGAGAAUAGUGUAUAAAACUAAUGCUGGGGGAGGUGGGGGGAUAAUGAUUGUGUGUAGAGGACAUGAUCCGCCCUCUGUGUAUUCUACGGAGUUCAAGAGAGAUGUAAACUCAUCUUAAUGACCCACAUUAAAGCUAAGGAAUCUGGGACCACAGGAGAGAGAGAGAGACCAGUGACUAUCAAACUUGGCAAUAUACUUUAGAACUCGUCAGAGUCUUGAGCACAAAGGAACCUGAUUCUCUUGCAACCAAAAGUAUUUUAUAAAAGCAGAAAGUAUGAAUGUACCUAUAAUUCCUGUCACUCAAAAGAAACAAAUGCUCCAUGUUGUAUGCAUCUCUCCUACGCACUAUGAUCUAAAAUAAAACUGGGCUCUGUA